AUGAAUGCAAGAGAUGCGUUUUUCAUCACAGAGAUAACAGAGGUUAGGCAGCAUCGCCAUAUUGAUUCCAAUGAAGGAACAACUGCUGUCUUCACCUGUCCCAUGAAAACUGAUCGCUAUGGAUACAAGCUUGGCUUGAGGAUGUACCUAAAUGGCGUGGGUAACGGAAGAGGCAGGUCUGUUGCCAUCUUUUUGCACAUGAGGAUGGGAAAGUAUGACAACUUUGAAGUGAGGUGGCCGUUCACUCAGAGGAUUACGCUAUCCAUUAUAGAUCAGAGUGGUGCUGAACGCCAUUUAAGCCGAAUCCUUCAAGCCAAGCCUAAUAUGGUAGCCUUUCAGAAACCUACGCAAAUGAUUAGUCGUACGGGAUGCGGUUUUGUAAAUUUUGCUCCCAUAGAGGAGGUAUUCAGUGAUCCUUAUGUAAAAGAUGAUACCCUUUUUCUCAAAAUUGAGUUUUCUGCCUGA